UCUGCCUUACGAUAGAAUACAAAGGAACACAAUUCCAAAAUAAUAAUUUAUCCCUGAAAAUUAUUCUUGUAAUAGAAUAGUAAAGAAUAAAAUAGAAUUCAAUAGUACUUACUUUAGUUCUAUGCGAUCUGCCUAGACAGCCCCCUGCUGGUUUAAUGAGUCCCCACACACACACACACAGACACACAAACACACAGACACACACACAGACACACACACAGACACACACACAAACACUCCCGUAAGCACAGAGGGAGGUCCUGUCUGCUUGCUCUUCCCCCGUGGUGUGAAUCAAUUAGCCGGCAGGUAAAUGGGAGACCUGCAGGAAGUGAUGUCAACAGCCUCCACGCUGGGUGGGUGUGGAGGGGACGGGGGGACGGGGGACGGCUGCUCAGUCGGCAUGGUGACUGAGCCAGUCGUCCGUUGCCCGGAGGUAGUGGGUUGAGUUAUUAUGGGAUGUCACGGAGCGGACAACCUGAACGGCCUUGUGUGUGAGGCUGACUCAAGGGGACAGAUGCAAGGCCGGCCUGUGUCCCCCUAAACCUGUAAUCACAACGCCCGACCUUACCACGGGUUAGUUAAACAUGAAACUGAACCAGUACCACUUCAUAUCAGUGCUUCACAGACCAGUGAGAAGUGAAAGAGGAAUGAUGUCAGUAGGGCGUUUAUCACGUUUCAUCCCCGUAACAGACAGGGAUGGGUCCAACCCGGGCGGAGCGAUAGAGAAUCGACAUGGUCUCUCCGUCCGUCGAUAGCCCGACCCUCACAUCCCGUCUGUGUCGCAGAGCCCGAUCCUCACUUCCUGUCUGUGUUGCAGAACCCGAUCCUCACUUCCUGUCUGUGUUGCAGGGCCCGAUCCUCACUUCCUGUCUGUGUUGCAGAGGCGGAGACUCAACUGCGACCCCCACGUUCGAGCUUGAGGAGAUGAUCCUGGAGACCAAGCCCCUGCACAAGAAGAAGAAGAGGCUGGCCAGGAAGACCAGGGAGCAGGGCUCUGACGGGUCCCCCCAGAGCGGCCAGCUGCAGCAGCGGCUGGAGAACGUGCAGAGGGACUUCAUCAUCUUCAACCGGGAAAGAUCAAAGAAGACGGUGACCGACGCUGGCGCCACGGAGCUGACUGUGACGGAGAAGAACAAGGCUAUAGAAGAUGGGCAGAACAACAAUGUCGAGUCCACAGCUUACGUGUCAGGAUAGGACCUGUGGCACGACCUUCUCCUCUACCCCCACACACACACGCACACACACACACAAACACAGCUUCACCCUGGUUACAGCUUGUAGAUCACACACUCCCAUGUUCACCUGCACUGACACAGAGAACCACCUUAAAGCUGCACACUCACGUACACACAUGCAUGAAUACACGCACACAUACCUACAAUUACCUCACGCCCGCUCUGACCCUUAGAGCUCAUAGGCUGCAGAGUGACUGACAUCUGGAUCGGCCAACCAGACCCUGGCUCCCUCCAACCCUGCGCCCCAGACGAGACUCUCCCAUUAGCCAUCCCUCUUUGCCCUGCCUUGACCUGGUGCGCCAUGGUCCUCUGGAACUCCACUUACAGUAAACAGUCAAACAGGAAAUAACUUCUCUGACACCCCAGCUAUGGCAGGAAACAGCCACCAUGCUGGCUCGCUCGCAACAGGAAAUGAAGCUGGAUGCUGAGGAAAAAUAAGACUACAAUGUCACGCGGCACGCGAAUGGAUGAGUAUUUUGGGUGACACGAAACUAAAUUAGAGAUGAGAUAAAAUGUUAACGGCCUUUGUUUAAAACACAGCAAUCACAGAGUCCUCUGCAGCGAAAUAAGGGUUCACCUGUCGGCUUGAGCUUGACGGCUCAGACGUUUGUUUAAUGCGUUAAUGCUCUCUGCUUUUGGGUACCAGAGACAUUGUGAACAUUUGGAUUUAUUAAAGAAACAGUUCAACCAGCUACGGAUGCAGGCAAAGCUGUCCUGUGAGAUUCACUCAGGACUCCACUCAGAGGAUGGGUUCCGGUUCCGUGAGCUUUCGGUUGAAGUCGGUAUUCCUGAGAUUAGGGACGAGAGUUCUGGCUGGGUCAAUUUGAUUUCAGUUUACUGCUCUAAAAUGGCGUGAACUUCCUGAGUGAACUUGCUGUGGACAAUAGCCUUUAUCCCUAACUGGUUUGAUGUGAGCCUCGAAAAGACAAAAAAUACUUUGGAGACAGGUAGAUACAUUAGGUAGAUAGCUGUGUAGCAUCUGUUCUUCACAGAAACUUGCUUUUGCACACGCUUCCUCAUGGAUUAUAGCAUUUGUGUACAGAGGAGGAGUUUACUAAAGCUGUGAGUGAAUCUUUCAUCUCAAAAGACAGAACGUCGGCCUCAUCCAUACUUUCAAAAUAAGAGUCUGUUUCAGUUCUGGACGAGGCUGCUUCUGGGUUUGGAGCUUGAAUGUGAUAUGUAUCAAUAAUUUGAUAAUGUUUCUAGGAGGGUGCCUUAGACCUUAUAUAUGGCACACUGUAAGAAGAUUAUAGCAGGUUAUAGACAUUGAUGUUUCUAGAAUUCAAACUGAAGGAUUUCCACAUUCUCAAGUUUAUCCCGUGCUUAUACUAUUGUUUUUGCCAUAUUUGGAUAGUCAAUUCUCGCUUUACCGCUUGAUCAACAAUUUCAAAUUUGAAUUCAGCCACAUAUCGAUUUCCUGUAUAAGCACUUUUUAAACCACUGUGGAUACAAACAUGUUUGAAUUCCUUUUUAGCUCCGGCUGCAAAGUGAUUUCACGACCACGGGGGAGUGCCCGGAGUCGUUCUGUGCGAGUCGUAGCGUUUCUUACGUGUGUUUAAUUGUCAUUCGUCGUCACUGUGUUUGUCGUACGUGAACGUGGUGGAGCAGCGAUUAUAAAAGGUGUGCCUUAAACCGAUUCUCUGGAUCCGGCCUCACCACUGCUUGUGCUUUAACGAUAGGGGGGUGCUUUGGAGUAGGAACUGGGGAUCUGGUCUGAGGAAAGAACUAGAGAGCCCGUAAAACAAAGA